GCGCUGGUAGGGGGAAAAAAACGGUGCCUGAGCCCGUACUGAACAACUGGAACCAACUCAUCCUUUUGUGACGUAAUCAGAAAUGGGACGCAGAAAGUCCAAGAGAAAGCCACCACCCAAGAAGAAAAUGACGGGUAACCUGGAGACCCAGUUCACAUGCCCGUUCUGUAACCACGAGAAGUCCUGUGAUGUCAAAAUGGAGCGAACGCGUAACACGGGAAUUAUAUCAUGUACUGUUUGUUUGGAAGAGUUCCAGACCCCUAUAACCUACCUGUCAGAACCAGUGGACGUUUACAGUGAUUGGAUUGAUGCCUGCGAAGCAGCUAAUCAGUAGCUGGGUUUUUUUCUGUGGCUCACUUCCCGUCCAACCUCACACUCACCUACAUUCCACCCCACUGUUGCCCACUUCACCUGGAGUGUGUCCAGAUAGCACAACCUCUAGUAAAACCUCUAGAAAACAGCAGACCCCUUUAAUUAAUCUCAAAAUUAGACUUUUUAUUGUCCUUUGACAUAUUUCUUUAUUUUGCUAUAUUGUAGUUGGUUGGGUAUAACAUGUUUUACUGGAAGGGCCAAUGUUUUGUCAUUUGUUUCUGCAGGACGUCGGUUCACCUACUUCACAGUUCUUCACACAAGGAUUUCCAUAUCCAUACAGCCAUUAUCCAAACUGCAUAUCCUGCUCUCAGGGUUGCGGGGACGCUGGAGCCUAUCCCAGCAGUCAUUGGGUGGCAGGUGGGGAGAUACCCUGGACAGGCCGACAGGCCAUCACAGCAGUGGUGCCGGCAGCCGUAAUCCUGUAUGCACUGUGCGUACAUUUUUUGUGAUUUUGUUCGUUUUUUUUUUUUUUCUGUCGCUCACGCCAUUUGACGCAAAUACAUUUGAAGGCUGAUGAUUGGUGUUAACGUCACUGGCUAAAGGCACACAGUGCGUACAGACCCCUGUAUGCACAGUGCAUACAGGAUUACGGCUGCUGGUGCCACUGCAUCACAGGGCCGAAGGAUUUCCAUUUCGGAACUGUGAAUUUAGUGAGAAGUUCAUAUCUGCUGUGUGGGAUACUAUCAUGUUCGCAAGUUUGAGCAUCCUUCAGAUUUGUAAUUUGACACACUACUGGUUGUAUAAAAGCUUCUUUGGGGAUGGCCAACUGAAGGAUAGAUGGCUGCAUGGAGAAAAUGCCAUGAUUUUUCUAGGUUGUUGGAGGGUUGUAUGGCGUAGGCAAGGCUGUGUUUUCGGUUUUUACCGAUUUUCAACGAACAAUACCCGGAUUUUUUUAAUAGGAGCAGAUCAGAUUAAACUGAUUUUCACCCAGAUUUUAUGUUCCCACUGAUUAUUUUCACUGAAAAAUACCGUAAAAAUAAACACCGAUAACUUCCCGGAUUUUUUUUUUCUUUUUUUGAAAAAUAAAAACUGAAAACGCUGAGCCUUGGGCGUAGGUCAUCGCAGUACAUUCCAUUGGUACAUAUUUGAACAUCCUUUUUUUUCCCACUUUUUUAUAGUUUUCAUCCCUAGUGAUAAUGUAAGUUUUAUCAAUUUGUUGACAUUUCCCCCCAAGUUUCACUGCUGACACUCAUCUUCCUUUUUGGUCCAGCAGAUGUAGAUAUUUUUAUUGUUUUGAAGUAUCCCUUUAGAUAUUUUCCUCAUUUUUUUAUCGCAGUCAUGUAAUUUGUAUGUGAAACUACUCUUGAAAUUAAAACCCGUACUUCACCUCUUAU